GGUAGAGCUUGCAAAACAUCUAGUGGCAUGUUCUUUUGCCGAUCGUGUGUUUUUUUCAAAUUCUGGAACAGAAGCAAAUGAAGCAGCUAUAAAAUUUGCUAGGAAGUUCCAAAGACACUCAACUCCUGAUGCAGAGGUGCCAGCCACAGACUUCAUUUCUUUCUCCAAUUGCUUCCAUGGCAGGACUAUGGGUGCUCUUGCUUUGACAAGCAAAGAACAAUACAGAUCACCUUUUGAGCCUGUCAUGCCUGGUGUGACUUUUAUAGAGUAUGGAAAUAUCCAAGCUGCAAAAGAAUCAAUUAGGCGUGGGAAAACUGCUGCAGUCUUUGUGGAACCCAUCCAGGGAGAAGGGGGCAUAUACAGUGCAACAAAAGAAUUUUUACAGUGUCUGCGAAGUGCUUGUGAUGACACUGGGGCUCUUCUGGUCUUCGAUGAGGUUCAAUGUGGUUUAGGUCGCACUGGAUAUCUCUGGGCCCAUGAAGCCUAUGGUGUCUUCCCUGACAUUAUGACCCUUGCCAAGCCUCUUGCUGGAGGCCUGCCAAUUGGAGCUGUACUGGUGACUGAAAAAGUUGCUUCUGCUAUAAAUUUUGGUGACCAUGGAAGCACAUUUGCAGGCAGUCCUCUUGUGUGUAAUGCGGCUCUCACCGUCCUGGAGAAAAUCUCAAAACCUAGUUUCUUGGCUAGUGUUUCUAAGAAAGGCCAGUACUUCAAGGAAAUUUUACAGGAAAAGCUAGGUGGGAACUCACAUGUGAAAGAAAUACGUGGCAUAGGGCUUAUCAUCGGAAUUGAGCUGGAUGUUCCAGCAGCACCACUCGUAGAUGCUUGUCGGAAUUCUGGACUUCUAAUACUAACUGCUGGGAAAGGAAAUGUUGUCAGACUUGUGCCUCCAUUGAUCAUAACAGAACAAGAGCUUGAACAGGGGGCUGAGAUUUUGUACAACGCUUUGCCAGUGUUAGAUGAAGGCAAGUAGGUAAGCAAAUUUCCUGCAUUACUGUUCUCAUUUUAUACUGUGGCUCACAGAUUCUAUGGAAUGUAGAAACUGUAAGUUAUUUGUAGAAAACUAAGCUUUAGCCCAUUUCGUUGCACACUAUGAGAAGAUACUUGGCUGGAGCUUUCUGUGUAUGCUUCUUUGUAGAAUAAAUUGCAAUUAUUCUCAUAAGCAUAAAUUUACCUCUCCAUUUUAAAAAA